GGGGGCGGCCCGGUACAGCCCAGGUGCAGCCCCGUGACUCCGCCGCGCCCUUUCCAGGAAGUGCCGCCGCAGCCCCGGCAGAGGCUGCCCCGUCAGCCGCUCGCCUCGGGUCGCCGCCGGAGCUCCGCCAGGGCAGAUACCACGCCAUGUUUGCGGUUUUGGUGCUGCUGUGUCAACUACAUGGGAUGAUCUUUGCGUUUCCUCACUGCGCAGGGGGAUUAAGUAACCUGAAGCAACCUGAAUGGAAAGACGUGUUCACAUCAGAAAAGGAGGCCAAUUUAUUCAUUGGACGGCAUCUUUUGAAUAACAGAUUUGAUUUUGAAGCGUUCACGGCAGAUAAUCUGGAAAGGGAAUGCCUUGAGGAGCUGUGCAAUUAUGAAGAAGCCAGAGAAAUCUUUGAAGACCCUGAUAAAACGAUGGAUUUUUGGAAAGACUAUUCAACUAAAGGCCCCAAAAUAAAAAUAGGUGAUGAGGCACUACAGAAGAUUAAUGUCACAGGACUUCUCAUCAGUCUAGUUACUGCUGGAGUACUUUUAGUUAUAAUCGUACUGAUUAUCUUCUACUGCUGCAAAAGUAGAUGCAAAUCAAGGCAACCACCAGGGUACUUGGAUUAUGUAAGAAGACAAAGUUCAUCCAGCAUCUUCAGAAGGCACGAAGAAUUUUCCCUAAACCCCCUUCCCCCGAGAACCGACGAUUCAGGACUACCAACUUACGAGCAAGCAGUUACUUCAGAUGGACACCAUGACCUGCCACCACCCCCUUAUCCAGGGCCCCCAAAAGGGCCACGGGUGUUUAGAAAGUCAAUGUCACUUCCUGCCCCUUAUUCACAAACCUCCUCUUGAGGUGAUGGGGGAAUUACUGAAACAUGCUUUUUUUUAAAAAAAAAAAAAAAGUGUGUGCUACCUUGCAUAUUGCAAGACAAUUUAGAAAAACGUGGAGGAUCUUCAGCACAACUAGGAACAAGUGAAAAUCCCAUUUGGGAAGAGAGGUGACCUGUUGCAGAAGCUGCAGGACUGUUCUUUGCACAGUUAUUGCACUAAGAGGAGUGAAUUUGUGAAGAGUACAUCUUGUACUGCCACCCUCUUCCAUAUGCACUUUGAGCCAUCUCAUCAUAUUAUAUUGAUGUUUCAUUAAUAGCUUUUCUUUAAAAGGAACAGUAUUCUAAUUGGUCUUAUUAACACUGUUUUUUUGUGACUAUGAAUACUUUAAACCACUAUAAGUCUGCUUUGUUGUUUGGUAUGUUCACUUCAUUGCUGUGUGAAUUUUUUAUUCAUUCUAGUAGUAGAUUUGAGUAUGAAAAUUUCAUUGUUUGGUCUUUCAAAUGUAUAUGUAUUACCACUUCCAGAUUACACUCAUUUGUUUUGGACACUGCUGGUUAACACACUACUCAAUGUGUUGUAUUUUUGUGAUUAUAGUUUUGGGUGAAAAAGAACCAUUAAUUGCAUUACAUAUUACCCCUUCAGACAAAAUAUACUUUUAUCAAAUGGUUUUCA